AUGAAUCUUCUUGUUACUCUUUUAUUGGCGCAGGCUGGGGUGAUUGUGUACUUACUAGCCACAAGAAAGCAGAAAAACGCGCAGAAACAUGCAGUAAGUGCGUCUGCACAUGAUAACAGACCGGUUAAAGGCGUGCUCCUGGUGCGAAGUGACCUGAAAAUGGGGAAGGGGAAAAUAGUAGCACAGGCAAUGCACGCGGCAUACGAAGCAGCCAGAAAGCCAAACACAGUGAGCGAGCAGUGGAAGAGCAACGGGUUCAAGAAGGUAUCGCUUAGCGUUCCAUCCAAAGAAGAGCUGGACGUGAUAAUAGAAAAAGCCAGAAAAUGCAAAGUCCCAACUAUUUCCAUAACAGACGCAGGAAGAACACAGGUAGAGCCCAAUACGCACACAGUUUCAUUCCUAGGCCCGUGGUAUGAAGAUGAAAUAGACAGCAUAACAGGAAACUUGAAACUGCUAUAA